UCCUUCAUCGCGUCGGUAACGCGUUACUACGUCUGUAUAUGGACCCCACCAUCCACCAAAGCAGCAAAGCUCUAUAUGACACCUUGGCUUUCGCCAUCCUCCCUUCAUCUCGAAUCCAAAGAGGAGAAGAAGCGAGAAGAGGCUUCCAGCAGAAAGCCACCGAAUUAGCUUUAUUUGUUUCAUAGUUAUCAGUUGGUGUUUGUGAGUGAAAGUUGGGAGGGAUGGCGGAGGAGCAGAAGCAGGAGGUGGAGGUGAAAGACCGGGGCCUGUUCGACUUCAUGGGGAGGAAGAAGGAGGAGGAGCAGGAGGUUCUGGUCGCCGGAGUGGAAAAGGUUCACAUAGAGGAGGGGAAGAAGGAAGAGAAAGAGGAGGAAAAGAAGGAGAGCUUGCUUGAGAAGCUCCACCGGUCUCACAGCUCCAGCUCUAGCUCGUCAAGUGAGGAGGAAGGAGGUGAGGGAGAGAACAAAGAGAAGAAGAAGAAGAAGAAAAAGAAGGGAUUGGUGGAGAAGAUCAAGGGGAAGAUCGGCGGCGAAGAAGAGGAGAAGCCGGCCGUGGUCGAGCAGGAGGUGGCGAUCGCCGCUGUGUCCUCCGAAAGCGAGGACUCCACAGUCAAGGUGGAGGUGGUGGACGAGAGUCUCAAAGUGGAGGGAGUCCCGGAGGAGGAGAAGAAAGGUUUCUUAGAAAAGAUCAAGGAGAAGCUCCCCGGCCACCACAAGAAGCCAGAGGAGGCCGCCGCCCCGGCCGCAGAGUGCGCCGGCCAGGGGACGAAGGAGCACGAAACCGAUCAUGGACAUGAGGGGAAAGAGAAGAAGGGCAUACUAGGGAAGCUCAUGGAGAAGCUGCCCGGCUAUCACAAGAAUGGUGGCGAGGAGAGUGAGAAGGCCGGUGCUACCCACUAGAAGGAAAGCUUGAUACAUAUCCUUCUUAAUGUUUGUUUUUGGAUGUUUUUCUCUAUCAUGAUGUAUGUUGGAUUGCCACUGUUUGUUUGUUGGUAUUCUUAAGUUGUUUGUUUGUUGGUCCAUCUUGGAUGUGAUAUGAUUAGGUAUGCUCUUGCUUUUUGUUGUUAUUUUUUGCCGCUAGGCAAGAAGGAUACCCAAGUAUUGAUAUAUAUAUAUAUAUGUACUUGUUUCAUGGUGCAUAAAUGCCUACUAGUGAUAUAAUUGUUUGGUA